AUGGCUAAUAACGGUCGCCAUCAUUCUACAUCCACAAACGAAUUUAAUCUGACCUUGACUGGAACAUCACUUUCAGGUCAUCAUCAGCAACAAAAUAAUCAACAGUCGUCUCGUGCAACGACUCCAAAGCAAACGUCACGACCUGGAAGUGCGAGAAGUAGUUCGUAUUUAGGUGGAGGAGAAUCGACAAAACGUUCAACAACACCACAGAGACAAGGAGUUGUUCAUACCGUGUCGAGUGGACAUAUUUCAUCAACCCCGCAUAGAAGUACACAACAGGGAAAAGAAAAUCGAACGACUGCUAUUCGAGAAAGGCGCAACAGUGGCUCAUAUCGUCCAGCAUGGUUCACCCAAGCUACUAGCGAGAAUAACGAUGACAGAACAAAUCACAAUCAAGACUUUGGAACUGAAUUAAGACACUCCUCAUCUUCGAGUGCCUUUCGUACCAUUCAUAGCCCUCGUGAUUCGGAUAGAAGUCCUAAUCCUCCAUCCACUGGACGUAUUCCAAACAAUAAUAUACUCGAUACUCAAAGUCUUCAACGAUAUUCCGAUGAUAUUGAUGCAUUCUUUACGGAUGAUAUGACCCCGAAAAGAACGAAAAUGGAACAGACUCAAUCUCAACCUCAAACACAUAAUGAUAUCGAAUCAUCGUGGGAUGAUACGAGGCGAUGGAUAGAUGAAAUAAAUCAAAUGCAACAUUCACAAUCGUUACCACAACAAAAUGCCGAGCAUCAAUAUCAUCCAACAGACGACGAUACAUAUAAAACCAACGAUCAUAACGCUUCGACGAUCCAAUCUCAACGUCAGCCUUCACAUAUGAGUAGUCGCGGAGUUGGUCCAUCAAUGAUGCAUGAUACAUUAAUGUCGCGUGAUAGUUUAAGUUUAAUGCAAUCAAAUUAUAAUCCGAGAUCACAACAGCUGAAAGCCUCACAAAUAGCAGGCGUCUCUCAGCAAACACCAAUGGAAUUAGAUCUCCGAAAGAAAAUGGCUACAGUUACUAUUCAGAGGUGGUAUAGGAAAGUUAAAAUGAGAAGAAGAAUGGCUGAAGCAGCCUUGAAAAGAGUAUUAGAACAGAAAAAACUAGAGCAUCAAGCUAGUGCUGAACGAACGCGAGAAUUAGAAAAAUUUACGUUAUUAGAACAGAAGCGAAAUCGAGAAGAAAAAGCAAGGAAUGCACGACUUGUCACGAUUAAAGACACUCAACGUAAACGUGAUCAAUCAAAACAACAACAAGAUGCCGAUUUACAUCGUGUCCGAACACCAACGUCAUCGAAUCGAGGCUCAUAUUCAUCACGGACAGGAAUAAAAAGAGCAGAUAGUAAUAGUAGAACUCCCCGGUUAAACAAUGAUAGAGUGCCGUCACCAAUGCCACCGAAACAGGAUAAUGAACAACAGAAUCAAACAUCCUCAAUAGGGUUUGAAAAAGUAAACAAAUCAAUCUCCGGUGGUGAUAUAAGUGAGCAUGUAACAUUGACCAGUAGUACAUCAUCAGCUUCAAAAGUAACAUUGAAUGAUGUUUAUGAAACAUUGAGAAAAUUAGAACAAGUCGAACAAUUUCCACUGCAACGAAAUGAAAGUGGUAAGGUACCCAAUAUUGCCUAUCUAAAUGACUCGACACUAGAUGCUUCUGAUACUCUAGCUGAGAAUAAUUCUCGUUCAUCCAAACCCUUAGAAUCUAUUUUAUCUUAUCUUGAUCAAGAAACACAAAAGACAAACGAUAUAACCAUUGAAUCUGUCAGAUCUCAAAAGUCCACCAGUCGAUUGCACGAUCGACCCCCACAACCGAUUCGAACAAGUACAGUUCAACUGGUGAAUCAGCAACAACAAACAACAACGCAACAACAACGUGAAGAUGGUCAACAGCUACAGCAUCCACCUAUCCCUUAUAAUGUCAGAUUUGCCAAUUCCGAUCAUACACUACAGCAACACUCAAACAGAAGUAAAGACAGUGGUAGACAAACGCCUACAAGUGUGAGAAAUGCAUCUGAUAGAAAAUUAGCGCAAUCAUUAGCAAUGCCACAUAUGCAGCAGACAGAUUCGCAAAGACAGUAUCAGAUAUCUACUCCACAUAAAUCGUUAGCUAUAAAUCCUUCCAACACAAUUCAUGAUGAGCAUAAUAACAACGAAGAAUAUUCUUCUCAACAACGUGACAGUGGCAUUCUAUAUGAUGAUCAGAAUAUGGAUAAAGACGAUGAUAUUGACGAUUAUGCGACACGAACAACUCAAGAUGUCACACAACAAAUUUUAAAAUUAAGAAUGAAUAAUGAAGAAAAACAACGGACAGUAUUUUUGCUACAACAACGAUUGAAUCAACAACGUGAAUUAAAUGUUCGUCAUGCCAAAGAAGCUGAUCGCGAAAUGAUGCAUCGUUUACAGUUGCAAAAAGAAGAAUAUGAAAGUGCAAUUAAAAGACAUUUGACAUUCAUUGAUCAAUUGAUUGAUGACAAGAAAAAGUUGAGUGAACGUUGUGAAAAAGUCGUCAAUGAAAUUAAACUUAUUGAUAAAAAAUAUUCGGAUAAAAUUCGUCUACUUGAAGAUAAUCAUCGAAUAGAAAUACAAAAAUUAAAAGAUGUUCAUGAAGCAGCUGAGAAAUUACGACGUGAGAGAUGGAUUGAUGAAAAAACUAAAAAAAUUAAAGAGUUAACUGUUCGUGGUUUGGAACCCGAAAUACAAAAACUCAUCUCAAAACAUAAAGCUGAAAUACAAAAAAUAAAAUCAAUUAAUGAAGCAGAAUUAUUACAAUCGGAUGAGAGAGCAGCACAACGAUAUGUGCGAAUGACAGAAGAAUUGCGAGAUCAAUUGGAACGUGAGAAAGAACAAGCCAUAAUGAGAGAACGAGAUUCAGCGCGAGAGCGAUAUGAGAAAGCAAUUCGAGAUGAAGAAAAAGCAUUUACGGAACAACGACGUCGAUUAUUUGCUGAAAUUGAAGAGGAAAAAAAUAGAUUAGCUGAACAAGCAACAAAACAACGAAAUGAAUUAGACAAACUUCGAAAAGAUGUUGAAGAUAAUCAUCGUAAUGCUGUUGAUGCCAUGAAGCGAGAAUAUGAAGCAGCCAGAUUAGAGCAAGAAAGAAGACAUCAGGGUGAAAUUCGUGAAUUGAAAGAAAAAUUAGAAAUUGAGAAACAGAGUUGGGAAGAAAAUUAUAUGAAAAAACAAGAGACAAAUCUAGCUGGAAAAGAACGUGAAUUACGCGACCAAAUGAAACGUGAGAGAGACAAAGAAAUCGAAAAAGUCAUCUCACAGUUAGAAACAGAUACAACAAUGUCUAAAGAAGAAGCAGAAAGAGCGGCUGAAAAUAGAGUCAAACGAAUCCGUGAUAAAUAUGAGUCUGAAUUACGUGAAGUUGAGUAUUCCGAACGACAAACACAGGAAAGAUAUAAUCAGUUGAAAGCACAAUAUACCGAAGUCGAAGGUGAUAAUGAACGUUUCAAAGUAAUUGUAAAACAGAAAGAUACAGAAAUUAAUGACAUUCGAAAGAUUACAGAUACAUUACAAAAGGAACGUGAACGUCUAUCAGAUAUAAUACGUCAAGAGUUUGCUGAUCGUUUGGUUUUAACAGAAGAUGAAAAUAAACGUUUGAAAAUUGAAAUGGCCGAAUUAAGAUCUCGUCAACAAAUCGAUAUAGAUCGAAAAAAGGAAGAAAUUGAUACUUUACAACGGGAAAAAGAUCAAGAAUUAGAAAAAGUACACGAAAAAAUAAAACAAGCGAUAACCAAAAAAGAUGAACAAGUAACUCAAUUAAGACAACAAUUUGAAUCGGCUGUUAAACGAGCUGAUCAUUUGGAAGGUUUACUUGAACAACAACGAAAAUUAAUUUCAACUCCAGCAACAGCUAAUACAACAAAUCAAAAAAAAUCCUGA